AUGUGGCUCAACACCACUGCUUCCCCAUUCUUGCUUACUGGCUUCCCAGGCAUGGAGAAGGUACAUCACUGGAUUUCCAUCCCAUUAUUGGUGGCCUACAUCUCCAUACUUUUUGGCAAUGGCACCCUUCUCUUUAUCAUCAGGGAUGACCAUAACCUCCAUGAGCCCAUGUACUAUUUCUUAGCUAUGUUGGCUGCCACAGACCUUGGAGUCACAUUAACCACAAUGCCCACAGUGCUGGGUGUUCUGUGGUUAAAUCACAGAGAGAUUAGCCAUGGGGCCUGCUUCUCUCAGGCCUACUUUAUUCAUACUCUUUCUGUCAUGGAGUCAGGUGUCUUGCUUGCUAUGGCCUAUGACCGGUUCAUUGCCAUCCACAAUCCCUUACGAUACACCUCCAUUCUUAAUGACACCUGGGUAAUCAAGAUUGGGGUGGCGGUAUUGACAAGGGCCAGCCUGUCAAUCAUGCCAGUCAUUAUCCGCCUGCACUGGUUUCCCUAUUGUCAAUCCCAUGUACUCUCCUAUGCUUUCUGACUACACCAAGAUAUCAUCAAGCUAGCCUGUGCUGACAUCAGCUUCAAUCGUCUCUACCCAGUUGUGGUUGUAUUUGCAAUGGUCUUGUUGGACUUUCUCAUCAUCUUUUUCUCUUACAUUUUGAUUCUCAAAACUGUAAUGGGCAUUGCUUCUGGAGAAGAAAGAGCCAAGGCCCUCAACACAUGUGUCUCCCAUAUCUGCUGUAUCCUGGUCUUCUAUGUCACUGUAGUUGGUCUGACAUUUAUUCACAGGUUUGGAAAGCAUGCUCCUCAUGUGGUCCACAUCACUAUGAGCUACAUCUACUUCCUUUUCCCCCCUUUUAUGAACCCUGUCAUUUAUAGCAUUAAAACCAAGCAAAUCCAGAGUGGCAUACUUCACUUAUUCUCUCUGCCUUGCUCCAGAGCAUGA